CGCUUUAAUAGCCGCCUAGAUGGCGCCACCGAAGUUAAGUUAAGUUUGUGUGCGGACAGCUGUUCGGUGGAAAGCAAACAAAUUCAUUUAUUGCCAUUUCACCGAUAAUUUCACAAUGACCCCCAGGAAAUGGGCCUAUCGCCUGCUGCCGGGUCUCAAGUGGCUGCAUGGGUAUACCGGCCAGGAUGCGGUGGCAGAUCUGAUAGCCGGAGUGACAGUUGGACUCACGGUGUUGCCCCAAGGAUUGGCCUAUGCAACGCUGGCGGGAUUGGAACCACAGUAUGGCCUGUACUCGGCUUUUGUGGGCGGCAUCAUAUACGUCAUGCUGGGCAGUUGCCGCCAGGUGACCAUUGGACCCACGGCAUUGCUCGCACUGAUGACCAGACGGCACACGGGAUUUGGCUUGGCAUCGGGUCCCGCCUACGCGAUACUCCUGUGCCUCAUUUCCGGCAUCGUUGAGCUGGGCAUGGCAGUGCUGAAGCUGGGCGCCCUGGUGGAUCUGAUAUCGCUGCCUGUUACCGUGGGAUUCACCUCGGCCACCGCUGUUAUUAUUGGCACAUCGCAGCUAAAGGGUUUGCUGGGUCUGCGAGGUGGAUCUGGUUCUGAUUUCAUCAACACCAUGCGCUCGGUCUUCGGAAAUCUUCGGGAUGUUCGACAAGGCGAUUUUACCUUGGGUCUGGUUUCCAUCGUGGUUCUGCUGCUGUUGAGGAAACUAAAAGACGUAAAGCUAAACGGGCGGAUCAGGAACUUGCGGGCUCAGCAACUGAUUAGCGGCAGCAUCUGGGUCAUAGCCACCGGACGGAAUGCUCUGGUUGUCCUGGUGACCAGUGUGCUGGCCUACAACACCUGUGAGCAAAUGGCUAGCUGUCCGUACAUCCUAACCGGAAAGGUUAAAAGCGGCCUGCCCAACGUCACGCUGCCCAAGUUGGAGACUACCAUUCUGGACAGGAAUGGCACCGAGAUCACACAGAACUUUGAACAGAUGCUCUCGGAAUUGGGUCCAUCUAUGAUAAUAUUGCCCAUAAUAGCUGUGCUAGGCAAUGUGGCCAUUUCAAAGGCGUUCGGAGGAGCUGGUCUGAGUCCCACGCGGGAACUUGUUGCUCUAUCCAUGAGCAAUAUUUGCGGUGCCUUCUGCAGCUCCAUGCCGGUCACAGGAUCCUUCUCGAGAAGCGCUGUUAACCACGCAAGUGGAGUGAGGACUCCACUGGGAGGCUGCUAUACAAGUGUACUGGUUCUCCUGGCUUUGGGUCUAUUGACGCCCUACUUCCAGUACAUCCCGAAGGCUGCCCUCAGUGCGGUGAUCAUCUCGGCGGUGAUAUUCAUGAUUGAGUUCGAGGUCAUCAAGCCGCUGUGGCGGUGCAGCCGGCGGGAGCUGCUCCCUGGAGCCAUUACUUUUGUGAUGAGCCUGGCGGUGGGCGUUGAAAUUGGCCUUCUGCUGGGCGUGGGUGCCGAUGUGGCCUUCCUGGUUUACCGAGCCGCUCGACCCGUUCUGAGUGUCUCCAAGCUGCAGACCAGCAAUGGCAUUAACUACAUUUUGAUUCGUCCAAAGCACAGUUCUCUGUACUUCCCGGCCAUCGAAUGGGUUCGCUCGGGCAUCUCUAAGGCCCUGAAUACUCACGGAACCGCGCCCGUGGUUCUGGAUUGUGCCCAUGUGCAUGACUUUGAUUUCACGGCAGCUCGAGGCAUGGGAUCGCUGCAAAAAGAGCUCUCCAAGGCGAACGUGCCUUUGUUCUUAAUGAGUGCCGACAAGGACAUUGGUGUUAUUCUAAAGGAGUCGACCAAUAUUGAUUUUCCCACGAUAGACUGCCCCGAUGAUUUGGAAUUCCUUCUAGAGCAAACUUGUUCCUCUGUUUGAAUACCCCCAAAAGCAACAAUGCUACAUCUUGCACCCUCCAUCUCCAAUAAUUCCUGAAACUUUCCUGUAACUGAAACUUUGUUCUUUCUAGCUCCCGACUAUGUCCUGCAUUUGCAGAUCUCAGCUCCGCUUGUCGAGUCGCGUCUAGUGCAUUGCGAUGCAGGAGAGCCAACUGAACUGAGUAAACUUAAUGGAAAAAGGACUUAAGUAGCAGAAAGCUCGUAUUGGAGCCUAUAAGGAUAUUGUUAAUUUUAAAUGUACUUAAGUAUGCGAUGCGGCACAAAAAAAUCUUAUUUAUGGCAAGUUCAACGGCGCUGCAUGAAAAUAAUUCAUGUUAUAAUUCUUAUUACAUUCGAUGCUCUCUAAACUUUAUUUCAUUUCCAACUAUUCCAUUCCUACGUUGAACUUUUCCCUCGUAUAUAUGUUAAGUUUAUAUUGUAUAUACAUCUACAUAAGAUA